AUGUCGACCACCAAGCGCAAGCGUGCGAUGAAAGCAUGCAUCCCUUGCCAUCAGCGCAAGCGAAAAUGCGACACCGUGUAUCCUUGUAGCAUGUGCACCACAUACGGAUACAACUGCAGAUACACCAAUGGCAAUACCGCCACUGCUACGGCCCCUGGUGCAGGAGUCAGCGUACCCAUUCCCCCAGCUAAGCGCGUUCAUAUCGAAAAUGAAAUUUGUCUGAAUACUCGGGCCUCUGCAGACCGUAUCCCGAGAAGCAGGUCUCAUACGGACCAUACGGACAAAGACCGCCGCGAAGGCGAUGGCUCGUCGACGAGGAGCCCAACCACCGUGGCGGGCGAGUUCCCAGGCAUAUUCGACCAGCAGAAGUCUAGAUACUCCGGGGCAUCAGCGGCCAUGGCAUUUCCGUACAUUCUAGGUGUGGCUCUCGGAUCGGAUAGCCCUCCAAAGAUGCGGUCUUAUGCUUAUAACUUUGGCAUUCGUCCCGAGGAGGCAUCCAAUGCUCACAGCUUUCUGGGAAAUCUUAUCUCGGGGGAGGACCUUGGCUUGUUCUCGGCUCAGUACUUCUCGAUACUGGGACCCGUCGGCGAUGUGAUCGACCAAAGAAUUUAUGCCCAGAGGUGCCGGGAUUAUUAUCAUCGUUCGGGUAGUAACACGGUCGCUUUUGCCGCCGUGGCCGCCGGCGUAGCUGCUCUUGGGUCAUUCUUAUCUCCUAACCGAUGCCCGCGAGAAUCUGACCUCGUGCGGUACGCCAAGACCAUCCUCGAUGAUCCGGCCUCUAUGCGUUUGCAUGGCACCGACCACAUCGUUGCGUGGGGAAUGCGAGUGCUUUAUUUGCGGGCAACUACGAGGCCCUGCAAUGCUUGGAUCGCUUCAUGCACUCAAAUGCAUCUCUGUGAAGCGCUAGGACUACACGAUGAAGAGAGCAUAACUAAAUUAGCGUCCGUCGCUGGUGCUGCUGUCUAUGGACAUGAUGCAGAUCGACUGAGGAGGAUUUUCUGGAUCUCAUGGGCGGGGCAUAACAUGCUAUCUUAUGAGUAUGAUCGGUCGCCCGUCGUGUUUCGGGCCGUGACUUGCCAGCCUAUUGUCUCGAAACCAGGCUCAAUUGCCGAUCAAUUUGUACAACUGAUCCAAAUCAUUCCAUCGCCUAAUACCCCAUUCCAGUUCGAAUCGCGGCCUUCAACUCCGAGUGGGGAUCUGUUUAAGCGUCUCCAAGCGCUCGAUGAGUUCAAAUUUACCCAUCCAUUUUUAGUUGUCACUAAGGCGGAGAUUGCGUUUUGCUUCUAUCGACGCCUUUUCCAGCUCAAUACCCGCAUACCGGACGAUAUAAUCAAACUCGUCAUUGACGGUGGCAACUCCGCACUGGAGGCAGCAGAACAGCAAGCUAGUCAGGGUCGUCUGUUCUGGAACGUCAUUGGCAGCGUCUUCCAGUAUACCUGCAUUCUAUUAGCUAUUGACACGCCGCUAGCCUUCGCCCACAUUGGCGCUGCAUUUAAGAGCCUGGAGAAGCUUGUCAAGGCUGUCGAUACAGGACUGACACGUGAGGCUCUAUCAAUGGCGCGACACCUACUUGGCCUUCAUACGGCAAAGAAGCGAAAGGAGCUUGCUCAACUGGAAGCCGUCGAGACGAGCUUUGAAUUCUUCCAGACGCCGCCGGAAUCCGAGGCUAACAUAACAAUACCGGAUAUGGACUGGGAGGUAGAUUGGGAUCAAUUCUUCAUUGAGCCAUACCUCCCCAUGCUCGGUUAUGACGUACAGCUGUAA